AUGUUUUGCUCAGCCAAUGAUAGUCGGGUCACAAAUUUAAAAUUGUCCGCUGAUCUUCCUAAAGUUGAAAACGAAACAAACUUAGUAAGUCCAGCUGGACGAUGCACAGAGAUACUAAAGCAAUACUGUGAACUUGAAACAUUAACAACUUCAAUGGUUAGAGAAAUAAGUACACAUGUUAAUGAAUUAUAUCGAAUAAAGCAGCUAUCAGAAGUAAAUCUAGAGUUCAUAUCGAAAUUUAUACAGAAUCAGAGCAAUUUUAUUAAACAAUCAGAAGAAUUUCAGUUCGAUAUUAUUGAAAUUUGUCUAACUUUUUAUGCUUCAAACGAUAUGCCACCUCAACUCUACAAAGAAUCUCAAAUGAACAUCAUUUUAAGAAGUAUUUUCAAAUUCUGCAGUGAUAAUUUUAUCAAAACUCAAGAAAACAACCUUUCACUUCAUAAAAUGUUCCCAAUCAUACGCCUUUGUGCCAAACUCAUUGACAGAUGUGCAUUACCUGAUUCAUUUUUAAGUUCUUUUGUUUCAAUCGCAAUUGAAUUUUAUUUCAAUGAAGCAUCAUCAAAUCCUCUUCAAACAGCAUCAUGCUCGCUUAUAUCAUCUAUAUUCAGACGAUACGAACUCGAAAGGACUCAAAUUUUAAAUGAUAUUUUUUAUUGUAUCGAAAGGAAGACAGGAAACCAGAAAUCGCUUAUUUUCAACAAAACAGAUCGAGUACGACUCAAUGCAUUCUCAGUUCUCCUGUUUGACAUCAUUCAAAGCUGUUCAAUUUAUCCAAAUACGAUUGAUUGCUGUAACAUUGACAUUAUACAAGAUAUUAUUAACAGACUCGAGGAACUACCACCUAAAUACACGGAAAUGUUCGCUAAUGACGUAUUUUCUUGCUUAUCACAUCCAUUAUAUCCUUCAUCAAUCUCUGUUUUGCCUUAUUUGCUUAAUAUGAUGUACAAGCAUAUCACAAAGAAGACGAAACUUACAAGAGUGGCCAUAAAUUCCUUCUGUAAAGGUCUUUCUUCGGUUCUUGCUUUUCGAGAAAAAUUUUUGGUUCCGAUGACGAUAAAAAUUAAUUACAACAUCAUGAGAAUUUUGCAGAUAAAUGACUUAUCGGAAAUAAAUGUAACCGACAAAUAUCCUGAGAAUGAAAAAGAAAGGUUAAUUGCAGAAUUUGUUGUUUUGACAUUUGUCAAAAAUUUCUUCAAAUUAAUUGACACUUUUGACACUGCUUCGAUUUGCAACAUUUCGCAUUGGUCAUCACUCAAAAACAUGGACCAAACAGAGUCCGAUUACCUCGACCAAUGGUGGCACAAUCAAAUUCCUGAAGUGUCAGAUUUUUCUCUCAAUUUUUCAGAGGUAGAACGGUUAUAUGUCAGUUUAUGUCAAAGAUUUUUAAUAUUUAACUCUGUCAUGGAGAUUAUUCAUAGAUUAUUGAAAGGUUUGACUAAUACGAGUUCCACAAUGCGUGGAAUGGUUUUGAAAGGAUUUAGUUCCAUUGUUGAGAUGAAUUCUCAAUUUUUGUAUCAUCCAGAUUUGAUUCCUUUAAUUGAGAAAGCUUUUGUCGAUCCAUGCUCAUCGAUAAGGGAUGCCGUUCUAGAUAUUGUUAGUUCGUAUAUAGAGAAGAAUGAACAGAUAAAAAGCCCUUAUUUUCCUUUGAUCAUUGACUCAUUAAAAGACAGUUCUCCUUCAAUUGUCAGAAAAAGUUUGGUAACUUUGGGAAAUUUGGCUCAAAAAGCAACAGAAGAAGAAUUAAUGAAAUUGUCAAAGAUAUUGGUGUCUAAAUUGGAUGAUGAAACAAAAGCUGUCAAAACCGCCGCAAAGUCACUUUUGGUCACUUCACUUUUUGAAAUUUCAUUUUCACCAUUUGUUAUUUUUUACGAAAUCAGCAAAAACAUUGAUAUAGAGAAUGACAAAUGGUGGACUGUUUUUGUAAAAGAAUGCUACGUAAAAUUCCCAGAAAAAAUGAAGGCCGUGGUCGACCAAGUAAUUGAAAAAGUGACAGAAGAAACUAAUGAUUUGAAUUCGAUGAUUUUAUACAAUUUCGUAUCAGUUUUGCCGAAUUGUUCUGCAGAUAAACAUGAACAAAUUAUAACGGCAAUUUUAACCGCCGAAACCGAUAUUUCUGUCACUUUUCUAAUGGACAGUUUACUAUCAAUUAUUCCAUUUAUAUUAUUCCCAUCCAUUGUUAAUUUCUCUUUGUUGUUAAGUCAUUUAGAAAGUCUUGUUUGUACGAGAUGGACAACGGUUGUUAGAAAAUGUUUGGAACUGAUUGUUUCCAUUGUUCAUAACAUUUGUCCUGAUGAUAAUAUUUUGGAAACUUUGCAGAGUAGUUAUGCUGAUAUUUUAUUGUUGAGCUUUGGUGGAAAGAAAAUUGAAGAAAAUGAAGUUCUUCGAGCGAUUUUUGUCACAGGUGUUUUGUUUAAAUUAAUUGGUUGGAUAACUCCUAAAGGAAACAUCAACAAAGUUGCAUCUAUUUUAGGAAGAUUUUACAUGAGCGAUUCAAGAUUGAUUCGCAAAAGAGUUUUACAGAGUUUUGUUGAUAUUUGCUGCAGAGAUUCAAGUCAAUUACGUGUAUCUCGAAAUCUUGUUCAAAUGGCUUUCAAAAGAGGAGAUGAUGAAGAUGCAUUGGAUUUCAUUCUUAAGUUAAUGGUCGAAGAAAACAAAAUGGAUGUGAAAAUAGAGAAAUUCGAUGAAAUGAAAGGAAACUCUGCAGCUCCUUUGAUUUCACAAUUCAUUAAGAAUAUUACAAACUGUUUUAAAUCUCAAAAUAAAACUGUCAGAACAGACUCUCUCAAAUUAGUUUCUAUCGGAUUGUCAAACGGUUUAAUCAAUGCUCAUGAAGUUCUUCCAUUUGUUAUUGCCUGUUUAUCAAGUACUGAAUGCUAUAAAAGUGCAAUUGAAACAAUUAAAAAGUGCCAAGAGUCAAGUUUUGAAGGUGCUUUGAAGACAAGAAUUUCUGAUGGAAUUGACCAAUCUUAUGAAUUUAUUGUAGCGUUUUCUGAGGAUAAAAGCAUCAGGAGACUUGGAUUUACUGAUUUAUUUACAUUGACAAAGAAUCCUUUAUUAAGAAAAGAUAUAAUGACCAAUUUAGUUUCAAAAGUUUACGCCCAAAUGGAUGUAAAAAGUGACAUGAACAAAUGUUUAUGGCUUUGUGAUAUUUUAGUGAAUUUGAACUACGAAUAUCAAUGGGAAGCAUAUUAUGUUUGUCAGCUGCUCCAGAAAACUGUUUGUAAGAAUUCCCACAAUGUUUUGAUUGAUGCCGGAGACAUGAUAGAAAUAUUAGUUGGAACUAAACAAGAGAAAGAAGCUAUGAGUUGCACAGCUUGUUGGUAUUCAUGUUUGAUUGGUGUAAUGACAAGUCAUUGGCUCAGAAGAAGAUACCAAGUCAAUCCAAAGAAGUUAUACAAUAAUGAAAAGCCGCGUGAAGAUAAAAGAAAUGUGAAAGUUGCUUUGAUUCCGCCUUUGAAUUUGAAUGAAAUUAAAAAGCCACAGGAAAAAUUGGAGAAAUUAACUCCAGAAAUAUUAGAUAUUGUUGCUAAAUUACAGAGUGUUGUUAGGCACGAAAGGGCAACCGAAGAUAAAGCAAAACCUUCUGUUCCUAACAAUACUAAAAAAUAG